AUGCAGAACCUGAUCAUGGAGAUCCUCCAAGCCCAACCUUCGCUUCGAGACUCCAAGACCUAUCUCAACAGCUUCGCACCGCGCAAGGCUCCUCCCCGACAGCCUCAGCCGCCUCAUCCUAAGCUCGCCUCAUCCGACAGCAUUUCCAGCAGCAUAGAAUCCUCAUCCGCACACGCGCCCAGUCAUCCCGAGUUUCCCAUCCCGUCCAACAUCGCCCACCCUGGCAGCUUGCACAAUCCCUCGACCACCACCUGGGAUCCACAGCACUCAAUAACACUCGAGAAUGACCCUCACGCCAACGCUCAUUCAGCCGAGGUCUCGCCGAAGCUACCCAAGGCUAUCCUCGACAUCCUGCAGGAACAAAAAAAGCGCACCGCUCCCGAGACCACCUCUGGCCGCAUCUCCGAUCCGAAUGCUGCGACUCGAUCUGCAGCGCAUCAAAUUACGCCGCAGGAGAGCUCCACUGUGGCCAUUCCACAAGUUACACCCGUGUCGGACGCGUUGGCCGAUUCGCACACGGCGUUGGUCAAAGUGCAAGGACCUUUCACAGAUCGUCAGCUCGAUUCAAUCGCAGAGGGACUCGUCUAUCUCAAGCGUCUCGGUCUUGUCAGCGUCGUCGUUGUCGAUCAAGACGAUUGGCCAGAGAUCUCUGCCGACAUUGACCGCGAUGGCCAGCUCGUUGCGGGCCGUGAUGAGCUUGAAGAGAGGCGCAUGGGCGACUGGCUCGCCGCUCAUCCCGCUCCUUCGUCUGUAAAGGGUAAGCAAAAGGCCAGCGAGCAGUGUCGAUCUAGUGUACUCGGUCGCAAACAGGAGCGCCUCCGCAAACGCGUGAUGGCCGAAACAUUGCGCCUCGCCGACAGCCUCAAUCGCAAAGGUGCCAUGGCGCGGCCUUUCCCGCAGGCAGUUGUCAGAGUCGACGCUCGCACUGCUGCCCAAGUCGAAGCAGAGGCACGUCACUUCCAGAAAUCUCAGGCAGCGAGCGAUGUAAAGCCCGGCGAUGCUGUCGUCGCUGGCUCAUCGUCGGUCUCGCCGACAGUGCAUUACGGUAGCGGAGGCGAGGAACGCCUUCGUCCACCGCUCGUCUCGGAUGACAACCUCUUUUCGAUCAGGUCGGCUCUUGCGUCCAACCAGAUCCCCGUCUUGGCGCCCUACGCUCUCUUUGAGAACGAAAGAGACGGUACGCUCGAAACGCUGUGUGUACGAGCUGAUGAUGUGAUGGUCGCGCUCGCCAGAGACAUGGUUGUCGCCGCUACCCGACAAGUUGAAGACGACCAAGCAUCGAGUACACGGAUCUCAUCGGCAAGCGCAAAUGCUGAUCCGCUAGCCGAGCUCAUGGGUGGCGAAGUGGACAUGAUGCCUCUUCGACUCAUGGUCAUCAAUCGCGAAGGUGGCAUCCCCUCGCAUGCGCGUGGUGGUGACCCUCACUUGUCCAUCAAUUUGGCCUCGGAGUAUCACCAGAUCAAGCAAUCCUUCGUUUGGGAUCAGACGCAUCCGACUGCUCUGCGCAACCUUGACGCGAUCUCGGACUGCCUCUCGUACAUGCCGCAGACCUCAUCCGGUGUCUUGGUCACGCAUCGCUCGCCGCGAUCGCUCAUUGCCAACCUCAUCACCAACAAGGCUGCGCACAGCCCUUCGUUACCACACCGACUCUUGGCCAACAAGCAGGACGUACGUCACACGCCCACCAUCAUCCGUCCUGGUCUACCCAUCAAGGUGAUCCAAGAUUUUAACAAGAUCGACCUUGACAAGAUGACUGCUCUACUCGAAGCAUCGUUCCGCCGAAAGCUCAACCAGCAGAGCUACUACGACAGGCUGCGCAAGUCGCUCGAUUUCGCCAUCGUCACCGGCGACUACCAGGGUGCGGCCAUCGUUACCAAGGAAUAUGCGCCAGACGACGAUCGCGACGCCGUCGAGCCCAUUGCCUAUCUGGACAAAUUCGCCGUGCUGCCGUCGUUGCAAGGAUCGGGUACGGUCGACUUCCUGUGGGGAGCGCUGCGUGACGAGGUGCAGGGUCUCGGUUUGCUCGACGCACUCAACGACAACGGUGGUCUGGGCGGUUACGGCACCGGUCGUGACCUGGUGUGGAAGUCGCGCUCCAACAACCCUGUGAAUCGCUGGUACUACGAGCGAUCGAACGGGUUCGUGCGCAUCGACACGGAUGCCAAGGGCACAGGCUGGCAGCUGUUCUGGUGCGACGCCGAAGACAAGUUGGCGCGUCUGUCGGGCGAACGUCGACUUUCUGCCUCGGCGUCCAACCUGGAAGAAGCGGCCGCCAUCGCGCAUGACGAUAUUGAGCUAGGACAUGCGUUCGACGAAGACACUAUCUCUCCCUACGUCGAUCGUGGUCGAUGGGACGGCGCAAGCUUUCCAGACAAGACAGGCAUCGAGGCAUACGAGCGCAGUCGUCGACUCUCGAAGCCCAAAUUUGACUCGCACCUUCACCGCGGAGGCAUGGUCGUCGGCGGCGCAGGAGGAGGAGGACGUAGCGAUCUGACGCUGCUCCCCAUCGUCGCACCAGAAGAGGGCGGAAGGCUGUUGCGAUGGGCCAAGUGUAUGAAGACCAUCCAAGGCGCGUGGGCAGAUUAG